GUAACAGUCAGCUGACCCGGAAGUGGGCGGAGCUGUGUUCCUGUCAGGUGACUGUGUAUAAGAGGAAGCGGCCGGUGCUCGGUGUCAUUGUGUCGCCGUCUCUUCUCUCCUUUUUCAGGCUUCUCCUCCCGGCUCCGGCCCCCACAGCCCCCGGCACCAUGGCCCUGAGCGACGCCGACGUCCAGAAGCAGAUCAAGCACAUGAUGGCGUUCAUCGAACAAGAAGCCAACGAGAAAGCAGAGGAGAUCGACGCCAAGGCGGAGGAGGAGUUUAACAUCGAGAAGGGUCGUCUGGUGCAGACCCAGAGGCUGAAGAUCAUGGAGUAUUACGAGAAGAAGGAGAAGCAGAUCGAGCAGCAGAAGAAGAUUCAGAUGUCCAACCUGAUGAACCAGGCCCGGCUGAAGGUCCUCAAGGCGCGAGACGACCUCAUCUCUGAUCUUCUGAAUGAGGCCAAGCAGCGGCUGGCACGUGUGGUGAAGGACACGGCUCGGUACCAGGCGCUGCUGGAAGGACUCAUCCUGCAGGGUCUAUACCAGCUGCUGGAGUCCAGAGUGGUGAUCCGGUGCCGUAAGCAGGACCUGCCCCUGGUCAAGGCGUCUGUACAGAAGAGUAUCCCCGUAUACAAGGCGGCCACAAAGAGGGAGAUCGAGGUGAUCAUUGACCAGGAUCAUCAUCUCGCCCCCGAAGUCUCUGGGGGCAUCGAGGUUUAUAACGGAGACGGGAAGAUCAAGGUGGCGAAUACUCUGGAGAGCCGACUGGAUCUGAUCGCUCAGCAGAUGAUGCCUGAGAUCAGAGUCGCUUUAUUUGGGGCCAAUACAAACCGCAAGUUCCUGGACUGAGUGUUCCUGCUCACUGCCAUAUACUGCCCCCUGCUGUACAGAGAAGAGAUUAUUCUGAAUAUUUUACGCUCCAGUGUCGUUUCUUUUGUUGCCCUCUUUAUAGAUCUGUGUUAUAGGCUUAAGCCUCCCCCUGUUUUGGGGUCUCUCCUGUAGACAUGGCGGCAGUGAGAGGAUCCUGUGGCGCUUCCUCACUGUCACCUGUCGUGCAGCACUACCCCCAUCAUCUCCUCCUGUAUGACCAUGGUGGCCAUUGUGAAGUUGUCUUUUAUUUAUUACAAUUAAAAUGUGUGAACCUC